CAUCAAAGAAAUAACUUUGAUAGAAAAUGUUGGAUCCGGCGCAUUUGGUGACGUCUACAGUGCAAAGUGGCCAACCAAAUGUGGUGACAAGAAAUUGGCGGUAAAAAAGCUUAGAUACUCACUAGAUUCUAACAAAGCUCUGGAGAGAGAGCUGAAGAAUCUGUCGUGUCUUAAGCAUCGGAAUAUUGUUACAUUUUACGGUAUCUCUAAGGAUAAGGAGAAUAAAUUGCACAUACUAUUAGAGUUUUCAGAGUGCGGAUCUCUUUACAAUUUUUUGCACAAUACGAGAUCCGAGAUUACAAAUGCGACGAAACGAAACUGGAUGAUUCAAUUAGCUAAGGGUAUUGUUUAUUUACAUGAGAAAAAUGUAAUUCAUCGAGAUUUAAAAACAGAUAAUUUACUGCUUUAUGACAAUUGUCGUACCGUAAAAAUAUGUGAUUUUGGCACAGUGAAGGAAAUUGCAACUAAUAACACAGCAAACACUGGAACCCCAUAUUAUAUGGCACCAGAGGUCGCAAUUAGUGGUAAAUAUGACACAAAGUGCGAUGUUUAUAGUUUCGGCAUUAUAUUCUGGGAGGUAAUGUCACGGAUGAAGCCAUUUUACCACCUGGGAGAUAUUCCUCCGUUGACUCUUCAAAAUAAAGUCAGUAAGGGUGAUCGUCCACUUGUGAGUGACAUUCAAAGCUUUCGCGGUUCGGAUACGAUAAUAAAAUUGAUAAAAACAUGUUGGCAUGCAAAAUUACACAAACGAGCGACAAUGGAACAAGUAAUCAAAACACUUGCUUGUGAUAAUUUGGAUGACGUUAUAUUAGAAAGAGAGCCAUUUGCAACUGGUACAUUUGCCCACUUCUACAGAGCCAAGUGGAACACUAAACAUGACGAGAGGACAAUAGCGGCCAAAAUAUGUAGCUACUCUAUACACCGUGAGGUCCUUCGGGUUAAGGACUUAUUGCUUCUUGGCCAUGAUAAUAUUGUAACAUUAUUUGGCAUCUUUGAAGAUUAUUAUAAAGGAGCUCUCUUACUAAUGGAGUAUGCGGAUUGUGGAUCACUUGAAAACGUUCUGCAUGAGAAUGAAAAAAAAAGGAAUUACUCAUACCGUGAUGCCCUGAAUUGGAUGCAUCAAUGCGUUAAGGGAAUGGCAUAUCUGCAUGAAAAGAAAGUUAUUCAUCGUAGACUGAGACCAAGCAAACUGCUACUUAUGAACGAUUUUCAAACACUUAAGAUUUCUAUCUUGGGCUUAACGUGUUGGUCACUGGUACUAGACAAAAAUAACAUACCCGAGUAUAUAGCUCCAGAGACUAAAUUAACGGAAAUGACCGAUGUCUAUAGCAUUGGGAUUAUACUCUGGGAAGUUAUGUCCAGAAAGAAACCAUUUUUAAAAAUGAAGUUUUUGGACAUUGAGGAUGUAGUUAAGAAAGGUGCUCGUCCUGAUCUAAAAGAUGCUAACAUAUUUGAGAAUUCCGAGCCGAUUAAAGAUUUGAUCACCGGGUGCUGGCAUUCAGAUCCACAGAAGCGACCUACCAUGAAAGACUUAAUUUUGUCUCUUGGCGACAUACUAUUGUCAGAAUAAUUAAUUUAGUAAAGUUUAUAGCUUAUAUGCAAUAACAAAUAAUAAAUAACAGCAAAAAAUGUA